AUAGUAAGAGGGAAUAGGGAGUGAGUUGUAUCUAUUUAUAUUCCUUCUUUUAAACCCUUGAAAUCUCCCUAACCAAAUACGAAGUAAUAUUCUCCCCACCACCCUUCCAUAAUAAUGAACUCAACACCGUUCUCGUCUCAACUACAAUACUCACCACCUCUACCAAGUGGAGGCGAGUACGAGGAUGCCACAUCCUCAGACUCGCCUACUAACUGGUCAUCAGCUUCGCCAUUUAGUAACCAACUAAUACUAAAUGACGAAGCUGUAGGUUUUCCAAAGAAGCGGAAAGCAGGCCGAAGAAAGUUUAAGGAGACUCGGCACCCAAUCUAUCACGGUGUUCGCGUGAGAGACGGCGGAAAAUGGGUUUGCGAAAUUCGCGAGCCUAACAAAAAGAGCAGGAUAUGGCUCGGGACGUACCCUACCGCAGAACUUGCGGCUAGGGCACACGACGUUGGGGCUAUAGCCCUUAGAGGUGACAAAGCUGUACUUAAUUUUCCUGACUCGGCUUGGCUCGCUCCUCGAGCCAAGUCUACCUCGGCCAAGGACAUAAGGCUGGCCGCCUUCCAAGCCACUCGGUCCGAGCUACGCUCUUCAUCACCAAGUGGUUGUGGUAAAAAGAUUGAGCUCGAGGUGGAUAGUCCUACGAGCCGCUCUAGUGUAAACCAUUAUUUUGGAACGGAGGGAGAUAUUGGAGAAGGAGACUCAAAAGAGUCGUUGUUUAUAGAUGAAGAGGCGAUAUUUAAUUAUCCGAGUUUGAUUAAUGGUAUGGCAGCGGGUAUGCUUCUUACGCCUCCUUGUUUGAAGAGAGGGAUUAAUUGGGAUACUAUUCAUGAUUAUGGGGAUAAUUCUUACAUAGAUUACAUGGAUUUGUGGCACCAUUUAUAAAUAUUACUCCAUCAAUUAACUAUAAAUAAUAUAUAUAAUUAGAAUUGAAUUAGAAAUAUAUUAAUGUUGUGAAACUGUAACUUUUGGACAUAUAAAAUAGUAGUAUGUCUCAACUCUCAAGAGAUGUAUUGUUUAUUACACUUUUUAGUUCUUUGGUGGA